AUGUUGAUUAGGUAUGUGAAUCGUAAGUUUAGUAAUCAGUAUAAGGCCACAAUUGGAGCUGAUUUCUUGACGAAAGAAGUUCAGUUUGAAGAUAGGCUGUUCACAUUGCAGAUAUGGGAUACCGCUGGGCAAGAAAGAUUUCAAAGCCUUGGCGUGGCUUUUUACAGAGGGGCAGACUGUUGUGUCCUUGUUUAUGAUGUGAACGUCAUGAAAUCAUUUGACAAUCUGAACAACUGGCGGGAAGAGUUCCUGAUCCAGGCCAGCCCAUCUGACCCCGAAAACUUUCCAUUUGUUGUCUUGGGAAACAAGAUUGAUAUUGAUGGUGGCAACAGUCGAGUGGUCUCUGAGAAGAAAGCUAGGGCGUGGUGUGCUUCCAAGGGAAACAUACCUUACUUUGAGACUUCUGCAAAAGAAGGAUUCAAUGUGGAAGCUGCUUUUGAAUGUAUCGCCAAAAAUGCUCUCAAGAACGAACCUGAAGAAGAAAUAUAUCUUCCUGACACCAUUGAUGUCGCGGGUGGAGGGCGGCAGCAAAGAUCAACAGGGUGUGAAUGCUGA